AUGAUAGAGACCGAUCGUUUCAGGUUUCCCUUGGCUUCAGAUAGCGAAAGGAGGUUCGUCCUAUCCUUCUACCUUGUAGACGGCACGCUCUCCGUUUUCGAGGUGCCCGUUCCCAAUUCAGGAAUCAAGGGCGGCAAGUUCCUGGAGAGAGUGCUUGUCCCCAAAGCAAUUGGGCGCUCAGGGGUCGAUGGCAUCCCUGCAUAUAUUGCCUCCCAGGAUCUCUUCAUUGGAGCCAGAAUAAACGUAUUCUCCAGGGUGUUUGAAAUUAUUGGAGCGGACGAGUUUACCCUUGGAUGCAUGGAAGCCAAUAAAUCGCGGUACCCCGUGGCGGACUUCCCAGCCGUAAUUGCGAAGUUGAAGAAGGCCAUCAAGGAAGGCCCUGAUCAGAUGGCGGACAGACUGCGUGUGGCACUGAUUCGUCAGCAACAAGAUGGGAACGUAAACGUGCAGGAAUCGGGCCUGCAGGAUGCGUUCAAGGAAUGCUCCCUGCCGCUGGUGAAGCACGAGGUCAAAACAAUUUCGAGAGCUCUGGACCCAGAGGGUCGUGGAAUCGACACUAGAAGCCUUAUGAGUUGCAUAGGCCUUGAAUAG